AUGCCUCACAUCAACACAAGCCUCCUACUCCUCUCACUCCCCUACCUGACCCUCACCAAAGCCGACUCGAAAGCAUGCUACUACCCCAACCGCAUCGUAGUCCCACACCAAGACGACCUCGUCCCCUGCGACGCCAACGGCGCGACUCACUCCCCUUGUUGCAGACGCGACGCGGUGUGUCUAAGCAACGGCCUCUGUUUCCAGCAAGCAGCGUUCGGCAACCGGCUGGCGCGAGGGGGGUGUACGGAUGGAGAGCGACCGUGCGACAGGUGUCUUCGAGCUAGGCUUGGAACAUUCUGCACCCACCCGCCAGCCCCCUCGUUGCCAACACCUCCUGGCGGCCGGCUGGUCAAGGAUACCGACAAAACGAUACUACGGCAUUUCGAUCAGCUUCAGGCAAAGCAUGAUGAGCUCGAGGAAGAAUGCGCUCGGCUUAGAGAGGAGUUGAGGUUGUCGGACGAGAAACAUAAGAAUCUGCUUCAGGCGCUUACGGACCUCGUGGAGUACAUGGAGACACCGGAGUACAAGGAGUACAAGGAGGCACAGGAGGCACGGAAGGCACAGGAGGCACGGGAGGCACGGGAGGCACAGGAGGCAUGGGAGGCACAGGAGGCACAGGAAGCACAGGAAGCACAGGAAGCACAGGAGUUGCAGCAACAGAUACAGAGGCCUUUUUGGGAGUAUUGA